AUGACGCGUUUUUCCAUCCUUGGUCUUUUUGCAUUGGCCACAGCUGUUGUAAAUGCUUUGGAUUGCAAUGUCGGCAAGCCUUCUGGAGGCGAUGAUACACCUCAAAUCCUAGAGGCAAUCGAAAAGUGUGCUGCUGGUGGCACUGUCAACAUUCCUGCAGGCGACUACACGCUUGGUACACCCAUUGAAAAGGAAGGUCUCAAGGAUGUUGUGAUCAAUAUUGAAGGCAACCUUGUCUUCCCUGCAACCAUCGAUGAGCAAAAGAAACCAGGUACUCGCAACUGGAUUUGGCUCGAAGGCACUGGUGUUACAAUCACUGGUGGCGGCACGCUUGAUGGCAAUGGCCAAGUUUGGUAUGAUACUCAAGAGCUUGAUGAUCGUUUUGCCAUGCUCGGCUUGCAACUUCAGGAUUCAUCGGUUUCCAACUUGCGCCUUGUACAGCCAUGCAAUAACUUUUUCAAUGUUCGUGAAUCAAACAACUUGAACUUUACCGAUUUAUACUUAUCAGCUGAGAGCAAUGAUCCUGAGAAGCCUCCACACAACACCGAUGGAUUUGAUCUUACCAACUGUGAUACCAUGUACAUGGCAAACAUUGAGAUCCACAACCAAGACGACUGCAUUGCAUACAAGAAUGGCACUUCCCAUGUCACGGUUGAAAACGUCUACUGUAGCGGUGGUCAUGGCUUUUCGGUAGGAAGUCUCGGUAAAGAUGCCUCGUUCGGCUACAACACCGAGAUCUCGAUGACCAACAUGACAUGCGAAGGCUGUUGGGCUGUUGCUCAAAUUAAGUACUACGCUUCAGGAUCCACUGGUGAGGUUUCCCAUUUCCAUUGUAAAGACUUCAAGGUCAAGGACGUCAAGAUCCCUGUUUGGGUCAACUCUCAUUAUCCAUGCGAUGUCAGCGAGUUCACCGAAGAUGGUGGUUGCAAGGAUUAUCCUGGUCCUUCCAAGAUCCAAGUAUCCGAUCUCAGCUUUGAAGGCUUCACCGGCACCACCAAUGGUGCCUAUGAUAACAAUGUCAUCAUCUUUGACUGCCCUUAUGGCACCAAUUGCCAGAACAUUGUCGUUAAGGAUUUUGAUGUCACUUCCCCCAAGGGUGAUCCAUCCUAUGUUUGCAACAACAUUGAUGAGGGGCAUCUUGAAGGCAUUGAUUGUGAAAUUACUCAACUUGCCAAACCUACUUGGUAA